AUGGCUCUUAGUGGCUACAGUAAUGUAAUUAUGAUUGUUAUAGUCACAAUUUUUUCCCCUUGCAUUGCUAUGGGCACUGAAUAUGUAGUUGGAGAUCAUCAUGGAUGGGCAACAGGCUUUGAUUACAACAUUUGGGCUGCAGAUAAAGUCUUCAAAGUUGGAGACUCACUUGUAUUCAGAUAUGAAGUUGGGCAACACAAUGUGUACAGAGUAAAUGCAACAGCGUUCCAGAACUGCACCGUGCCUUCAAAUCACAGCGAGGCACUGAGGAGUGGGAAUGAUGUUAUUGUGUUGGCAAGUCCAGGGCAAAAAUGCAAAAUCUUCCUUCCUUCCAUUGCUAUUGCAACUCAAUUUAUUGUUGGGGAUGAUCAAGGAUGGAGACCAGGCUUUGACUACAAUUCUUGGGCAGCAAGCAAGGUCUUCCAUGUUGGAGACACACUUGAGUUCAAGUAUGGUGUUGGAGAACACAAUGUGUAUAAGGUGGAUGGAAGUUCAUUCCAGAGCUGUACGGUACCAACAAACAGUACACCAAUGACAAGUGGAGAUGACCAUAUCUUGUUGGCAACUGAAGGAAAAAAAUGGUACAUUUGUGGUGUAGCUGGUCACUGCUCUGCUGGCCAAAAACUCGUUAUUACAGUUUUGCCAAACUUGUCUCCAGCACCAGCUCCAGCUGGACCAUCACUUUCUGCACCGAGUGCACCUGCACCUGUAGGAUUUGUGCCUGCACCUGCUCCUAUUGAACAGGGUCCAUGGUCCAUGAAGAACAAGAAUAAGAGGGCAUUUAAAAGAUUCUUUCAGCAUUAUUGAUUAAUUAAACCUCUUUUUGGG